CUCUGUUCCUCCGCCAUGGUUUUGGACGAACUACGCGACUCUACUCUCCGACGCGUCAACGGCGACCUCCUCGACCCCGCCGUCCCACCUCGCAAGAUGGGGCACAUGACCGACGGUGAGGAAGACUCUAUGCUCACCAGGUUCCUGCAAUCCGAGAGGGAGGUUGCUCGGUUCAGGAAUGGGCAGCCCGUCGUUGUCGACGGCCACACUCUUACCACCGCCGGCGUCGUCGCAGCCGCUCGCUUCCACGCGAAAAUUGAGCUCGACGACUGCCAUCGUGUCAAGGACCGUAUCGCCAAGAGCCGCAAGGUCAUCUCGGACAAGGUCGACAGCGGUACCAGCGUCUACGGAUUGUCGACUGGGUUUGGUGGCAGUGCCGACACCCGCACAGACAAGCCCCUACUCUUGGGCCAUGCAUUGCUUCAGCACCAGCAUGUCGGUGUUCUCCCGACAUCCGGAAAGGCCCCAGAGGGUCUUCCCCUCCUGGACCCAUUGUCCUCGACGGCUAUGCCAGAGUCCUGGGUUCGGGGCGCGAUGUUGGUCAGGAUGAAUUCUCUCAUUCGUGGCCACUCUGGUGUGAGAUGGGAAUUGCUUGAGAAGAUGAAAGAGGUAUUCAUGGCCAACAUUACCCCUGCUGUCCCCGUACGAACGAGCAUCUCAGCGUCUGGCGAUUUAUCUCCCCUGUCUUACAUCGCCGGAACUCUCGUCGCCAACCCUUCAAUCAAGGUCUUCCACACCCCACCCUCGUCCGACUCGCGUCAACUCACGUCAUCCGCCGAUGCUCUCUCCCAACAUGGCAUUGAACCUAUUUCCCUGGCCUCCAAGGAGCACCUUGGGAUCCUCAACGGAACCGCUUUCUCCGCAUCCGUUGCAGCCCUCGUCAUGCACGACGCAAUGCAACUCGCCCUGCUUUCGCAAGUCUGCACGGCUCUAGGCACAGAAGCCCUCCGAGGAAAUAUUGGCUCUUAUGCCCCUUUCAUCCACGCCACUGCUCGACCCCACCCCGGCCAAGUGGAGACGGCCCGGAACAUCUGGAAUCUGCUUCAGGGAAGCUCACUUGCUCAGCUACACGAGGAAGAAGUUGGUCUGUCCCAGGACAAGUACAACUUGAGGCAAGACAGGUACCCUUUGCGAACUUCCCCUCAAUUCUUGGGGCCCCAGGUAGAAGACAUUCUUGCCGCACUUUCCACCGUUCAGCUGGAGUGCAACUCGACCACUGAUAACCCUCUUAUCGACGGUGAAACCGGUCAUGUUCACCACGGUGGCAACUUCCAGGCGAUGGCCGUAACCAACGCCAUGGAGAAGACCCGCCUUGCUCUCCACCAUAUCGGCAAACUAAUGUUUGCUCAGAGCACAGAGCUCUCUAACCCUGCCAUGAACAAUGGCCUCCCACCUAACCUUGCUGCCUCUGAUCCUUCUCUCAACUACCAUGGUAAAGGUAUCGAUAUCGCUACUGCUGCGUAUGUCGCAGAGCUCGGUCACCUUGCUGCUCCCGUCUCUACUCACAUCCAGUCUGCCGAAAUGCAUAACCAGGCUGUCAACUCUUUGGCUUUGAUCUCUGCACGAUCGACAGUGAAUUCUGUGCAAGUUCUGUCGAUGCUCAUCGCUUCCUACCUCUACCUCCUCUGCCAGGCUGUUGACUUACGUGCUCUCCAACAUGAGUUCGAAGCUGGCUUGAAGGACAUCAUCAAGGAGGAACUCUCCUCUUCAUUCUCUCUCCUCUCUACCGAAGGCGACUCUCAGGGUCUCUCUUCAGAGAUCUUCCACCUUAUGCGCCAAUCCCUCGACAAGAACACGACCAUGGAUAACACGGACAGGAUGACAACCGCUGCAACCUCCACCUCUACCCUCCUCCUCACCAAAGUCACGUCUUCUUCCCUCGAUGCAGCCACCAAGGGCUCUGCCCUCGCCCAUAUUCCCGAAUUCCAGUCACGGGUUGCGACUCGGGCUGCGGCAUUGCAACAACAGCUUCGCGAUGAGUUCUUGUCAGGCAAACGCGGUCCCGCACCUGCUGCUUCUCUUCUCGGGAAAACCCAGGCGGUUUACCGUUACGUCCGGACGAAUCUUGGUAUUCGAAUGCAUGGUUCUGAGAACCACGGGCAAUUCACAAACGGUAUUGGACACGAUGAAGUCACCAUUGGGGAGAAUAUUUCUACCAUCUACGAGGCUAUUCGCGACGGCCACAUGAGCUCCGUCGUCGUCUCCCUUUUCCACUAAUUUUAUGACACUGUAGAAUCAAAGGUACUUAUAUCACGAGCUAGACAAUGUACAGUAGUGAAUGAUUGGUCAACCAAUGGUAAUGGUUGUUUUCC